UAUAAACUCUUAUUUUCUUAGUAGAAGAAGCUUGGGAUCCAAGAAUAAAACUUGGCGACCAAUUUAUUUUCCUCUAGAAAAAAUAAAAUAAAAUAGCCAAUCAAAAAUGGCCACGUUACUAUGAUUCGACUGAUAGUUUUACGCGCCUUUUUCUUUCGUAACCCCCAAACAGAGAAUUAUAGAGAAGGUUCGAGAGAGAGUUGAGACUGAAGAACCUUCCAGAUUCCCCGUCCGCUAUAUAAACCCCUUUCAUUUCCUUCCUCUUCUUCAAUCACUCUCAACCUUUCUCUAGCUUUAUCUCUGUAAAUUGCAAGAAAACUUCGUCUCUUUCAACCCAAAAAAGGAAAAGAAGCUUUCUUUCCCAUCUCUCACAAGCCCAGUAAAGAUGCCGAGCAGAAAUCCCGGAGUCCUAACUCAGGAUUGGGAGCCAGUUGUUCUCCACAAGUCUAAGCCGAAGGCUCAGGAUCUACGAGACCCGAAGGCCGUGAACCGUGCACUCCGAUCAGGCGCCGCUGUUCAGACAAUCAAGAAGUUUGAUGCCGGAGCCAACAAGAAGGCCACCGCCGCACCAGUCGUCAACGUGAGGAAGCUCGAAGAAGGGACCGAGCCUGCAGCUCUGAAUCGGGUGGCACCCGAGGUGAGGCUAGCGAUUCAGAAAGCGCGGAUGGCGAAGAAUUUGAGCCAGGGUGACUUGGCCAAGCAAAUCAACGAGCGUCCUCAGGUGGUACAGGAAUAUGAGAAUGGUAAAGCUGUGCCGAACCAGGCCGUGUUGGCGAAGAUGGAAAGGGUUCUUGGCGUCAAGCUCAGGGGAAAGAUUGGAAAAUGAGUUACGAUCGAUCAACGUGAUGUUAAGACAAAAUUGUGAAUUUCUUGAAAUUCGAAUAGCUAUGUUUUUUUUUUUUUUUCGAGUACAUAUAACUAUAGUUUUUCUUUGUAAGCAUUGCUAAAGAUCUAAGAUUCUGUUAAUGGAAGUAAUUAGAUUGUAACGAUAUGGAUAUAGUAGAAUAAAUCGUAAUCUUGCCAGAAUCUUAAUCGAA